AUGUCAGCCUCACCUCUGGGGGCACCUGACCAGAUGCGGAGUGCUGCCGGUAAUGUGCUCCAGAAGACCCAAGCCCAAGUGGACGAGGUGGUUGACCUCAUGAGAGAAAAUAUGGACAAAGUCCUGGGGAGAGAUGAGAAGUUGUUAGAGCUUGAUGAUCGGGCACAGGCCCUUCAGGAAGGAGCCUCCCAGUUUGAAUCGAGAGCUUUCCACUUGAGGAGGAAAUACUGGUGGAAGAACUGUAAGUUGUUGACCAUUAUGUUUGCUGUAUUCACCACCACCAUCUUCGUCAUCAUCAUCAUCUUCUUAAUAAAGCACAGAUGA